AUGCCUCAUUUCUUUUCGAUACACCUGGUACAAUACAUAUCGUUUCUCAGGCGACAUAACGCACUUCCAGAGUUACUUUUCCAUUGCAACACACCUUUCCGAAACAUAAUCGCAAGAAGCGCCUCCCCUGCCAUGUCUUGUGAUCCUGCAUUCAAUGCUUUUGAUUCUAAGGGUCCACAAUACAAUAGGAGUCGCUCGCGUGGGUUUGAGAGAGCGAGCCAUGGCAGGGGACGGCAUUCUUGUUUCAGCAAGCGGAGGCUGUCCACCGGCCGGGCAAGUGAGCUACAUAUUCAUCCCUACCCUAUUCAAACGCUUGACGAGAUCAAAGCUCGUUAUUCCGACCUAUUAUCCACGGCCAAACUCCAAUGGCUAGACAAUCCUAAGAAUGUCAUCUUUUCCUACAAGCAUUCACGGUUUGGCUCAUAUCCUGAAAGCGUCACUCUUGAGGGUCGAUACCCUGGCGGCAAUAAACCCGUUUUCCGCUCUACUAUUGCUAUUGAUGACGACUUGGGCAUCGUGGCCACAGGCGACGGUACCAGCAGGAAAGAGGCUGAAAAAGCCGCGGCCCUUCAUGGUAUGAUACUUCUUCUUGAAAAAGACUACAUCUUACACCCUCCUCCCCGCGCAUCAAAUUCCAUUACCAAGGUGAAUGCUAAGGUACCUGUCGCUGCUCUCUCCGAUGGAACCGAAGUGACUCUCGAGCAAGCGCGUGAAUUUAUCGAUUACUUUUGCCACGAAGGUCGCUUCGGGUCUCCCGAUGUCAAGGUUGAUGCCGUCUACAAUACUAAAUCAUACAGGGCCCAACUGUAUGGCUGGAAGGCUGUUAUAUCCAUAAGCGGCACACCCGUGGGAGAAUCCAUCGAAUCUAGUAAGAAGGCCGCUCAAAAUACAGCUUGUCUGAACACAGCGACCAUUCUCGCCAACGAAUACCGCGACGUGUGGGACCAGUACCUCCAGGUGCCGAAAAGUAAGCUAGCAGGAAAGGCUCCUCCGGUCAAGUUUCGAGUCUCGAGUGCAUUGGAAGAAAAAAUACGUCACCUGUACGACGCAAUGCGCGACAGCGAGCUUUACUCCAACCGUCCGCGAAUCACCGCUGCUUUUUCCUUGCGUUCUUCCGUGGCUGCCCCUAAAAGGAACUCGAUACAGGCACAGCGAACCAUGUCUGAGGAGCAACAUGAAGAAAAGUCAAAUCAAAUGCUCGAGAAUCUGAAUGCCUACCAAUUAGAUGAACGAGUCGAACCGAUGCGCCUAUUUCGCCAGGCACUUCCUGUUUCGCAACACGCAGGCGACAUUCUAGUGAAAAUUGAGCGUAAUCCUGUUACGAUCUGUAUGGCUUCUACUGGUUCUGGUAAGACCACACAGGUACCACAACUUCUUUUGGACGAUUUUAUUCUUCGCAAGCAGGGCUCGCGUUGCAACAUCAUUUGUACCCAACCGCGUCGAAUUGCUGCCAUCAGUGUUGCUGAACGUAUUGCCAAGGAACGUGGCGAAGCUUUGGGUGACACAGUUGGCUAUCAGGUGCGUUUCCAGAGCCACCUUCCGAAGCCGCACGGGUCUAUUCUCUUCUGUACAACCGGUGUCUUGCUGAUGCGCCUGCAGACUGCUUUGAAAGACAUCUCUGGUAACUCCUUUCUCGAUAAUGUCUCGCACAUUCUCAUGGAUGAGGUGCAUGAACGCGAUAUUGAAACAGACCUAUUCUUGGCUGUAAUCAGGCGAGUUCUGCAAGAGCGCAAAAAGCGCGGAUGUCCAGAGAUCAAGCUUGUUCUCAUGAGCGCAACAGUUGACCCAAAGCUAUUCAAGGAUUACUUCGAAGAAUCUUCACUUACCACACGCCCUGUGCCCGUGGUCAAUAUUCCAGGGCGCAGCUUCCCUGUGCGAAAGUUUUACUUAGAAGACAUUGUAUCUCGCCUGCGCCGUAUCCCCGAAAGGCAAGGAGGAUGGAUUUGGAGGGAACACAGCGUGCAACAAUAUGUGCACCGCGAAAUCGUGGAAAAAGGCGGCACGAUGGGAGGAUCUGAUAAUGAUGCGGUCGACAACAUUGACAUGCCAUAUCCAUUGGUCGCCCUUGUCAUUGCCGAUGUCAUCUCACGUUCUACCGAUGGACAUGUGCUUGUUUUCUUGCCUGGAUGGGAAGAGAUCAAAGCCGUGCAUCAACUACUUUUGUCCUCGAAACAAAUGCCGAUGAAAGGACUAGAUUUUGAUGAUCAGUCCAAAUUUGAGAUCCAUCUUUUGCAUUCAUCUGUACCUGUAUCCGAUCAACAGGCCGUGUUUGAGCCUUUGCGUGACCCAAUGAUCCGCCGAAUUAUUUUGUCCACGAACAUUGCCGAAACAUCGGUCACUAUUCCCGACGUCGUGUAUGUGGUGGACACAGGUCGGGUUAAGGAAAAACGUUUUGAUCCUGAGCAUCAUUUAUCGAGUUUAGUGAUGACCUGGGUGGGUAGAUCCAACCUGAACCAACGUGCGGGUCGAGCUGGGCGUCACCGCCCAGGUGAAUACUACGGUCUGUUGUCGGAGACGCAUCAUGAUCGUCUUGGGAUGCAUCAAACGGUUGAAAUGAAACGUAUGGACCUGAGUAAUGUUGUGAUGCACAUCAAGGCCCUUCACUUACCUGGCAUGGAAGUUGAAGAUGUACUAGCUUCCACCAUUGAGCCACCCGCUCCUGAGCGCGUAAAGCCUGCGUUGGAAAACCUCGAGCGGAUCGGGGCUUUGGAUUACCAUUCGAACCUUACUGCUCUUGGCCAAGUUCUUCUGCAGCUUCCAGUGGAUGUGUAUAUCGGAAAAAUGUGUCUCUUUGGCGCCUUAUUUCGUUGUCUCGACCCAGCUUUAUCACUGGCCGCCAUUCUGACGAACCGUGAUCCCUUUGUAUCUCCAGUAUACCAAAGGCAAGAAGCGAGGGUCAUCAAGAACAGUUGGUGCUCUACCUCCUUUCGUUCGGACCCUCUAUGUAUCCUAAAUGCGUAUGAAGAAUGGAGCAAACUCCAAAGGAUUGAUCCUAAUCGUGCGAAUCGGUUUACGUACAAAAACAUGCUGAGUCGUACCACUCUUUUCCAAAUUCAGCAAGUGAAAGAAAAUUUGUUCACUAGCCUCGUUAAGGCCAAUGUUAUCCAGGUUAUCAAAAACUCGAGGACCUUCAUGCCGCGUUACCGCAAGCGCGUCCGGGAGACCGACCCUGAAUUCAAUGUCAAUGCGCACAGUACUAGCCUUUUGUCAGCACUGAUUGCCGUAUCUUCCCCCCACUUUGCUGUGCGCAUCAGCCAAAAUGUGUACCGGACGGCGCAGGACAAAUCAUGCUUCAUCCAUGCAUCAAGCGUGUGCAGCGCCAAGUUCCAACCGGAUAAGUCAAAGUUACCCUUCGUGGAUCGUGACAUUUAUGCCUUCUCCGAAAAAGUACACAGUGCGGGUCAGUCGACAACGCUCGGAGGUGCCACAACGUUUAUGCGCACAUGCACUCACAUCGAUCCGUUGUCGUAUAUGCUUUUUGGUGCUUCAGAAGUGCAAGCCUCAUCAAAUGGACUCGAAUGUGAUGCAUGGCUCCCAUUGACGGGUGAUUAUGACGCGCUGGAUGGCGUAGAACGGAUCAAAGCUGUUAUGGAUGCAUGUUUGUUGCGUGUCUUGGAGGGUAUUCGGUGCUCUCAUGCUCGUGCACCAUCUAGCAAACUCUAUGAAUCGCAUGCUCUCUCGGAUCAUGAUGACGAUCCAGACUCUGCUACCCAUCCUAUUCGACCACUUUCUGUGAACGAGGAACGGGAACUCGAGACCUUUACCGCCGGCAUUGUCGAUAUGCUGGACCAUUACAAAAUGGAAUGCUAUGGGUCCCCUAUGUAA